CCAUGUGUUUGCUGUUUCCUCUCCAUGCUGUAUAAGGAGGACUGUGUGGACUAAAAACAUUGCGCUCAGUAGGUGAAAGGUGUGAAAAUGGUUCGUAAAUUAAAAUACCAUGAACAGAAGCUGUUGAAGAAGGUGGACUUCAUCAACUGGGAGGUGGACAACAACCUGCACGAGGUCAAAGUGUUGCGGAAGUAUCGCAUCGAGAAGAGAGAGGACUACACCAAGUACAACAAGCUGAGUCGUAACAUCAGAGAUUUGGCCCAGAAAAUCAGAGACUUGGAUGAGAAAGAUGGCUUCAGAGCUCAGAGUUCACAUCGACUACUGGAAAAACUGUACAGCAUUGGUCUCAUCCCCACCAAACAGAAUCUGUCCCUCACAGAGAAAGUCACAGCUUCUUCAUUCUGCAGGAGGAGGCUGCCCAGCAUCAUGUUGAACCUUCGAAUGGCUCAGAACCUGAAGACAGCUAUUACCUUCAUUGAACAGGGACAUGUGCGUGUUGGCCCAGACAUCGUCACAGACCCGGCAUUUCUAGUCACAAGAAAUAUGGAAGAUUUUGUUACUUGGGUGGAUUCAUCAAAGAUCAAGCAACAUGUCAUGAAUUAUAAUGAUGAGAGGGACGACUUUGAUCUGUUCGCAUAAGCCUGUUUCUAUUGUAUUCAUCAAUCACCCUGAGGACAGCAAAGGGACAAGAAAUUUGUUUCUGGAUCUAUCAACUUGGAGGUUUUAAUCUGAGCAAGGACUGAAGGAGCACACCUCCAGACUGUACCAUGACUCUUGCCUCUAAACCUGCUCAGCCACCAGUAGCACAAGAGCACGGACUCUUGUUUCCAAGCAGAGCCACACCAGAGCAGCAGCUGUUCCUUCUCCUGGAAUUCCACAUUUUCUUCUGCAUAAUGUGUUCUUUGUAUAAACGUCAGUGUGCCUCACAGGAUUAGUAUGUAUGUAACUGUGGAAAUUCUAGUUCAUAACUGUGUAUAUAUACACACAACAUAAACAGGACUGUCGCUGUCUGUAAAAUAGAAACAUACAAUUUGAUAAAUAUUUAAUAUUUUCAAUAAGACUUUGUUACAAUGUAAACUUUGCAAACAGUAAACAUUCUUUUAUCACAGUAAUUAAGACUUUUUAGAACUUUUCUGCAUACAUGUUUUCUCUGCUCAAACUCUGAAAGAAACCCUUUUACCCGUGUGUAAAUGCAAAUUUAUCAACACAUUGCUCUUAAUAUUCCAGUAAGCAGAUGUACAUAAACUCACCAUGAAACAAGAAGUUGCAUGAGUUGCUCAGGCAAGUUGCUCAGUCUAUACUGUAUACAUUGUGUAACUGAAAGCUGGAUAAAGCAUAGAAAGCC